AUGAACCCAUUUUCAAUCACUUUUAGUGAAAUACAAAAAUAUUCAUGCAAUAUCCAGUUGGAAAUCACAGAAAUUCAAAACCACGUUUCCUUGAAGCAGAUAUUUACCGAAAUUGUAUCAUCACAACCACAACUGCAGUCUUCAGAAAAUUUAUUAAAAUUUUGGAAAUUAGUACCAAAAGAAGACUUUCCUGCAACGUGUGAUCUUGCCUUGCAGAUUUCAAGCAGAUUUGGAUCAACAUAUAUUUGCGAAAAAGCUUUUUCUACUCUAACCUAUGUCAAAAAUAAAUAUCGUAGUUCGUUAACUGCGCCUCAUAUUUCAGAUUUGAUGUUGUUAUCAACAUCAGAUUUAUCACCAGAUAUUGAAAAAUUAUUAGCUAAUAAGUCUCUUCAUAGGUCUCACUGA